CCUGCGCAUGUCUCCAUUGACUUUGAGCUGCUGCAUCACCCGCGCGACCAUCCCGCCGCCGUGCCGCCUCUCCCUCUCCGCCAACUACAACUACAAGCUAUCCCGAGCACUAUCAUCAUCAGUAUUAGUAAUAUCCAACCCCCCGCUCUCCACGCCUCUCCCAAUCUCAAGCUCAACCUUACUAUCUACGCGCCUCACCCUCCCAACAACCACACACUUCAUCCCCCAUACUAUCCCCAACCUCCAAAAAACACUCCAAACUGCAACGAUGUCCACCUCCCCCCUCCCCCUCCCCCUCCCCACCCGCUACAAACUCAUCUUCUUCGUCCCCACCUCGCACCUCGAAGCCUGCAAAGACGCCGUCUUCGCCUGCGGCGCCGGCACCUUCCCCGGCGGCAAGUACACAAAGUGCUGUUUCCAGACGCCCGGACAGGGACAAUUUCUGCCGUCGGAGGGCGCGAACCCGGCUAUUGGGGUGGUCGGGACGGUGGAGACGGUCCAGGAGAUCAGGGUCGAGGUGAUGUGUCUUGGGAGGGAGGUUAUGGGCAUGGCUGUGCAGGCGCUGGUGGAGGCUCAUCCGUAUGAGGAGGUGGCGUAUGAGGUUUAUAAGAUGGAGGAUGUGUGAUUUUCAUUCGGAUUGGGGGGGUUGCUGGUGCUGUGCUGGUGCUGCUGGGUUGGCUGGGAUGGGUCAUGAUGGUUUUUGCUGGAGUUGAGCGGCGGAGGGGGCUAUGUUAGUUCAGCUAUGACUUAAUUAUGGCAGUCAGAAUCGAUAUUCAAUUGGAU